GUGAUUGGAUUAAACUGAAGCCGUGGAACGUCGAGAAUUAUUCACUUCUGUGUCCACGGAUGUUCGCCCUCGACGCUAACGAACAAAAUGAAGGUGUUUCAAAUGACAAUAUUGUUAAGAAAAACGUUUAUGGGAUACACAGCGAGAUGAGACGACUCAGACUGGGCCUAAUUAAAGAACGACGCAGAUUGAGCUUACCACAUUGUGUAACCAAAAUCCCAAGAAAAUUACCUAUUUUAGAUAAAACCAUGAAUAAUGGAUUGUUCGUAAAUACCAAUAUUGUGAGGUUUAAUCGUUUCAUUCCUGGUGGUAUUUACAAAAAAACAGUUAUUAUUGGAAAUUCUGGAAAAAGAUUGAUAACAUUUAAAUUAUUAACAAACAAUUUAUCGGGGUUUGAUUACGAUUAUAAGCCUGCAUGUCCACUUGCUGCCGGUAUGAACGCUAAGCUUACUAUUACAUUUAAAUGUACGUCAAUGGAAGAUACAUAUGAACUGAUAACAAUAAUAACAAAUGAGAAUAAAAAAAUUAAUAUUCUCGUCGGCGCAGAAAACGAGUCACCAAUACUGAACUAUAUUCUAGAAUGUUAUGAUGACAUGAAAACUACUGACUGUAAAAAAUUAGCUCUUCGAAAACCAUCAAGUGUCUGCUUGUUUGAGUGCAAUGCUUGUUUGGUGGGUGCUCGUAAGACAAUGAUCGUCAAGAUAAAAAAUACUGGACGAUCAUCAAAAUUUAUUUUAGUUCCUGAAAACGUAUGGUACACAAAACCAGCAGAAGAUGUUGAUUGGAAUGAAACACUAAAUUUAGGUGCAUUUACAAUUACACCGUCAAUAUUUGAGAUUGACUUUGAACAGACAAGAGAAUUAACUGUUGUAUUUGAGCCACAUUUACCAUCAUUUUACUGUACCAGAUUUAUAAUCGUGUCGGACAAUUCGUGCGCGCAAGAUGUGAACGUGUUUGGCGAUGGUCAGAUGUUUGGCGCUCGGAGCGUUCAACUGACGGGACCUGGUUUGCUGUGCAUUCGGGCGGAGGCAGGAAGUUACGUGCUCGACAUGGGAAAAAUUGGCGAGGUCGUCCGUUACGUGUACGCGAAAAACACGAGUCGUAUCAAAUAUCCGUAUCGCUGGAUCAUUAAUCAUGCAAUCGACAAUAUAGGUUCAAAAAACGCCAAAGUAAAUUUCAACAUUCAUCCGUCAACUGGGUUAUUAGACAAG